CUCCCACCGCCCCGCGCGGGUGUUGUCCAAGAUGGCGGGCGCCCUGUCGGCGCCGCUGCCGCUGCGGCUGCUGCUGCUCGUGGCGCUGCCAGCCGCGGGGUGGCUGACCACCAGCGCGCCCGGGCCGCCGUCCACAGCCCCGCAGGAUGGUAUCAGAAUUAAUGUAACGACCAUGAAAGACAAUGGGGAAGUAUCCAAAGAACAGGUUGUUCUUAACGUAACGUAUGAGCGUGGACAGGUAUGUGUAAAUGGCUCACCUGUAAAUAGUGGUGUAACCCGAAUAAGCUGUCGGACAUUGAUAGUGAAGAGUGAAAAUCUGGAAAAUUUGGAGGAGAAAGAAUAUUUUGGAAGCGUCACUGUAAGGAUCUUGGUUCGUGAGUGGCCUCUGACAUCUGGUUCCAGUUCACAGCUAAUUGUCAUUCAAGAAGAGGUAGUAGAGAUUGAUGGAAGACAAGCUCAACAAAAGGAUGUCAUUGAAAUUGACAUUUUAGUGAAGAACCAGAGAAUACUCAGACAUUCAAACUAUUCCCUUCCCUUGGAAGAAAGCAUGCUUUAUUCUAUUUCCCGAGACAGUGACAUCUUAUUUACCCUUCCCAACUUUUCCAAAAAAGUAGGGAGCACCAGUUCACUGCAGACCACUAGCCAUUACCUCACUGGGAAUGUGGAAACAACUGUGGAUGGGAAUGCUUUACCUGGCAAAUUGCCUGAGACUCCGCUGAGAGCAGAGCCUCCGUCUUCAUACAAGUUCUCAGCCUGGGCUGUCUUCAUCCUGUCUUCAUCCCGAGUGCUGGUACUAUCGGUGAUGUGCCAGUGGGUGGAAAAGCUGCAGAGAGCACUGCGGGUUCUGGCCAGCGUGUUCCCAGUGUUCUUCAUGUUUCUGAAUGUCAUGGUGGUUGGAGUUCUGGGCGCAGCAGCAGUUAUAACUGUGCUAAAGGUGCUUUUCCCAGUAUAUGAGAACAAAGGAAUUCUUCAGGUGGAUAAAAUGAAUGCUAUGUACGUGGCACCUAUCAUCUUAUAUUCAGAUGACUCUGAGGAAACAGCAGAAAAACUUAAAGAUAAAACCUGUAUUUAAAACACCAUUUCCAAUUAUGGACACUCUGAAUCAGUCUGUUGUCUCCAGACUUGCCAUUUGAGUACCAUUUUAUUUAAGUUAAUCAGUCAAUGUAUAGAAAUUGCCAAAUUACCAAGACCGUGUGAAAAUCAACCUUUACAGUGCCAAGUUACAGCUCACCUUGUUCCACACAUGUGCCAGCUGCUCAGAAUGAAACAGCCAAAAUGAAACAAAAGGUGAGACAUAAUGCCAAGUGCCAGUCACUUCCAGGUGCCUUUGCUGCAGAAAUUGUAUCUAUUUGAUUACUAUUGUAAGAUUUUAUAAGAAGCACUUUAUGAAAUCCUAAUUUAAAAGCUGACGAAUUUAAUUUUUUUCUACUCAGUACAAUGUGCCUUUAUAUCACAGACAUGACUCAGCAUAAAAAUCACUAAAGUGUAUCAUGACUUAUGCCUGUACCAAAACUGCUUAUCUUGAAUGCACCAGGAUUUAUAAUAGUGACAUGUUCUCACUCUAAAAUAAACCUUUUUUAAGAAAAA